AUGGUGGACAUAGACGGUCUUGUCACCGAAGAUGUCGAAAGGCGCUUCUUCCCUGAAGGCACUGCCGAAAAGGUCUUGACAUCCGAAGCUCUCACGCGACUGUUCACUACGAUUUCUUCUACUGAACACACAUCAAAUUUACGUCUUCAACCUUCGGAGCUAGCCAAAUUGGUAGAGAGUCGAAAGCUUCACGUCUUCUUGGCUAUUCUCAUUACCUCGAACUGUGACCUCGAUGGAUUUUCUGCCUUCACAACCAACCUGCUAGCACCAGAUCCAUGGAACAACCUGACUGGCGAGCUUCAGCUUCCGACUGAGGAUGGCAAUCGCUUGCAGGAUAUCUUAGAGGAUGAUGUGGCUGCUGACAACUUCUUGCAAAAGCAGCAUGAGUUCUUCGCGGCUGUUAUAGAAAAGAACAAGGAAAUCAAGGGUCGCUUUCGUCGCUUGCCAUACGUGAGGGAGAAGCUCAUAGGCCAAGGAUCUUUUGGAAAGAUAUAUGAUGUCUCUGCGAAAGUUUCAUCGACAUCAAUCACUGACUUCCUGCGCUUGCAGAUAUCCCCGCAUCACUUCAAGAGUGGGCCGAUGCUGAACGAGGGAGAAUACCGAAUCGCCCGGAAAGACUUUGAACUCAAUGCAGAGGAGAAGUCACACGAAAAGGAGCGCGAUGUCUUGCGCGACAUUGUCCGUAAUGCAAAAAGCCAUAACAACAUCAUGAAGAGCUUGGGAAGCCUGGAAAACGGCUCGAUCUACUCACUUUUCAUGCCUCUGGCCGCUUGCGACUUGAAACAGUACAUGCAGCGUAAUCCUGCUGCUCCGAGUCUGCCACAACAGAAGGCCAGCUUGGUGCAUUGUGCUGUCGGACUUGCCGGAGCUAUCGCUUACCUUCAUGAAGAACUGGAAUCGCCGAUGUAUGAAAAGCUCUCGUGCUUCCACAUGGACCUCAAGCCACAAAACAUACUGAUUGUCAUUGAUCCUGAAUCUCAGGAGCCCUCUUGGAAACUGUCGGAUUUCAACAUGUCACGCGUUAAAAUGAAACGGAAACCAUUCGUCGAUCAGUUGUCGCUGAGGAGAAGCUCAACUUUUAGCGACAACGUCUACGAGAUCAACAAGCUUUUCAAGCGUAGGAUUCCAGAUGUCGCAUCCGCAUCUUCGGCUGACUAUACUAUUGGUCGACGCGGUACCGGGACAUAUCUAGCGCCUGAAGCCUGUGUCGAUGGCCACCCUGUCCAGGCGGAGAGCGAUACUUGGUCAUUAGGGUGUGUGAUCAGUGUUGUCUUUUCAUAUCUUCACGGAGGUCAAGCAGCAGUGGAGGAGUACUCAGAGCUCCGCGGCAAGAAGGAUGGCGUCGAUCGAUUCUUUUCGUUCUCUGGCGGUAAUGGUCAGCACAAGCUGAGCGAUGUGCAUGUUAGCGAGGCGGUGAAGAACUGGCACAAGCAUCUCCGGAUGAAGACUCGCCAGGAGCGCCCGAACGAGAGUGAGGCAUUUGAAGCACUUCUCAGCUUUCUUGAUCGUCGCGUGCUAGUCAUUGAUCCAAAGGCCCGUCGUGAGACAACAGCCAACGACAUCCGAUCCAAACUUAUCGAAGCUUUUGAUGUCUUCCAUAACUUGGAAGAGCGUGGGCCUACGUCUCCAGUUUCACCAGGAAGCCGAUUCAAUGUCCCCAUCCUCAAGAGAUGGUCAAAGCGGCGACAAUCAGAGGCCGAAGCACAGUCGCAAGAUUGGAAGAUACCGCUCUCGACCGCUGUGAAAACAUGCGCGUUCGGACCUAACGCCGAACCGCUUGUUUGCAUGACGGACAUCACAUUGACAGUAUAUUCUUUAGAGCAUGUACUACUUCCGAAUGGAUCAUCCAGUUUCAAUAAAGACCUCAUUGUCUAUGGCGAGGUCAGUCCGCAAGAUAAACGGCGGCACUGGAUCCCCAACAUCGGCGUCUCGUCACGAUACAUUGUCGCAGCCACGGACUACAAGGAAUUCGAUUGCUACUUCUACCAGAUAACGCAACCAGGUAACCACAACAGCGAGGUGGAGCUUGUCGCUCACUGGGAGUUGAAGAUGCCGCGCAUACAAAAGCUUGCUAUAUCUCCCGAUGCUCGUUACGUUGCCUUUGUGCUCUUUGGCGGAUUUACACAGAAAGAGAAAUGCUCGUUAUACAUAACAAAACUGGACUUGCAUUAUGACGCGGAUCAGGAAAGCACAAGCCCAAACUCUCCUCUAGGUCGUCCUAUAGAUCUGCCCUGUGCAGCAGAAGACGUCUGCGAGCUCACGUUCUCCGACGUCAACGGACUCUACGUCGUCACAAAGCCUAAGCAGCAUGACGAAAUGACCGAGAACACCAUGCACGUCUAUGCAUGUAACUUGACGCAGGGCAAGGAUGAUAUCCUUCAAGGCUUGUACACCUGUUUCGCUCCCUACAAUCACGACAUGGCAUUCAUCGUCGUCUCUCAAGAGAAGAGGGUUGUAAUACGCGCAUGGGAAUUUGAACGGUAUACCCAGAGUAACGCGCGAGGCUUUCGGCUCCUGAAGAUCCUCAUGAACAAGGACGAUCACGAGACUCUGGCGUUCGGGACCCGGGAAGCACACAACGAACUCCAACUGCUCACAUUUCUUACUGCCGAGACCAGAGAUGAGCUCAAAAUCAAGUCCGGAAAAAAGCUCCCAGGCAUGACACAUCAAAGCAAAUUCGUACCGUGCAUCAACACCAGCUUGACAGGCACUCUCGCCCAGCGCCAUCUCCUGAUCGCAGUCAUGGAAGGAUUUGCAGUACGUAUCGUUCGUGUUGAUUUCGAUACCUGA